GCACCAUCGGUGUCUCGUGGCUGAAAAAAGUUGUUCUAUCAAAAUAAUACUUGAUAAUCUUUACUUAUCUGAACAAAUUUGAACUCCGAAUCAAUUGGAUAUGGACACCACAAACUCAAACGCAAACCUGCCCGAUUCUUGGGACUCGAUAGAAGAUCCAGGGCCAGGAGAAGACUCGUCUAUUUCUACACAAUUCAAGAAAUUGAAUGUGAAUGCCACUCCAUUUGUACCAAAUGUCUUCGCACCGGCGUUUGUCCCAGCUUCUGCUAAGCCUCCACAAACACAAGUGAGCGAAGAAGCCACUUCGACUUUAGAAUCAGUUAGGGAYGAAAAGCAUGAAAAUGAUACACAAAUGAACACAGAAAAUACUGAUAUCAAUACAGCAACACAAGAGCAAACRACACAUGCUCAAGAGACAACAGAYGAACCAAUGGAAGAAGAGGAGGAAGAAGUUCCCCUAGAAACUAAAGCAAAACCUAAAAAGAAACCUGAAGUUUUACCUGAAGAGGAAGAAGACACAAGAGAACAUGUGAACAUCAUUUUUAUUGGCCAUGUUGAUGCUGGUAAGUCAACUAUUGGUGGCCAUGUUAUGUAUCUCACAGGACAAGUAGACAAACGAACAUUGGAAAAAUACGAAAGAGAAGCCAAAGAGAAAAAUAGAGAAACAUGGUACUUAUCAUGGGCACUAGAUACCAAUCAAGAAGAAAGAGACAAAGGAAAGACAGUUGAAGUUGGACGUGCAGCCUUUGAUACAGCAAAAAAGCAUUUUACUUUACUGGAUGCACCAGGUCACAAAAGCUUUGUGCCAAACAUGAUCAGUGGUGCAGCUCAGGCUGAUUUAGGAGUACUGGUUAUUUCUGCUCGUAAAGGGGAGUUUGAGACAGGUUUUGAAAGAGGUGGUCAAACCAGAGAGCAUGCCAUGUUAGCGAAAACYGCUGGAGUCAAACAUUUAGUUGUGUUGGUAAACAAAAUGGAUGAUCAAACUGUGGAGUGGUCUGAAGAGAGAUAUGAAGAAAUUAAAGUUAAACUUACACCUUUCUUAAAGAAAGUAGGAUUUAAUCCCAAAACAGAUAUUAUGUACAUGCCCUGUUCAGGGUUAACAGGGGCCAAUAUCAAAGAAAGUUUGGAUCCCAAAGUGUGUCCUUGGUAUAGUGGUAAACCAUUCUUAACCUAUAUAGAUGAGCUGCCAUCAUUAGGAAGGUCUGUUGAUGGACCAGUCAGAAUACCAGUAGCUGAUAAGUACAGAGAAAUGGGAACAAUAAUUCUUGGUAAAGUUGAAUCUGGUAGAAUAAAUAAAGGACAGUCAUUAAUAUUGAUGCCUAAUAAGGUUAAUGUUGAAAUAUUAACAGUCAUCUAUGAUGAYGAAGAAAUGAAUAAUGCAAAAGCUGGCGACAAUGUCAAGUUGAGAUUAAAAGGAGUUGAAGAAGAGGAUGUAUCUCCAGGUUUUGUCCUUUGUUCACCUGAUAGCCUUUGUCACACCGUUAGGACAUUUGAUGCACAGGUGGUAAUUUUAGAGCAUAAGUCAAUAAUUUGUGCAGGUUACAAAGCUGUUCUACAUAUUCAUAAUGUAGUGGAAGAAGUUUCUUUUGUGGCACUGAUUGGCUUGAUUGAUAAAAAGACAGGCAAAAAAGUACCAGAAAGACCAAGAUUUAUCAAACAAGACCAAGUCGCCAUAGCACGACUACAAACAUCAGGUGUUAUUUGUAUAGAAAAGUUUGCUGAUUUUCAACAGAUGGGCCGAUUUACACUGAGAGAUGAAGGUAAAACUAUAGGUAUUGGAAAAGUCCUGAAAUUAGUUGGCCAGUAAGUUACAUGUAUGAGAAACUAACAGCCAAGAAGUGGUUUUGGGUGACAUUAUCUAUCAAUUCAUUGGGUGUAUUAAUGAACACUGCUGAGAUUGACGACUGCUUAGCUACUUGAAGCUAAAACAAAGCAAAGAAACAUCCAGAAGAUGCUCCAUGGACAUCAUGUUUUUAUUCAGUGUGAUUACUGUAUCAAGGAGAUCAAAGAAUAUGCUUGACUUUAAUGAGGAUCAAAGCUCUAGCCUCCUAGACUUAGUGCUAAUUUAUAGAUUUGUAAAAAUGGUAAUAAACAUGUAGAACUAGAGAUAAAUAACAGGAAAGAAUUAUUACUUAAAAUAUUAUCAGAAAACACUAAGAAACAGUUAUUUUACAUGUUUCUAAAAACUCGUCAUCAGUUGACAUAUUCACUUCAAUUGUUGUCUACUGCAUGGAUCGCUGUCAGAAUCAAAAUAAUGAAAUAUUUUAGGAUUGCUAAUCUGCACUCAAAAGUACAUCUAUUUAGUAUGAAAAAUGUAUGCCAUCUUGGUAUCUUAGAUAGUGAUGUCUUCAACCAUUUUAACACAUAGAGAGAUUGCAGCAUUCUUGAAAUAUUUCUACUUUGUACUUAAAUGUGCAUUUGUUAAAAUCAAUGUAAAAAGGAUGUUUUAUUUGACUGCAGAUCUACAUGGCCCUACAUGUAAUAGAAGUCAUUUUACCAAAGUGUGACUUCUGUAGUAAGCAAAAUUAUCUGUUGCAUUAUGUUUGGUAAACAAUUUAUGAUGGAUUGACAUUUAUCAAUAUAUAACUUUCAGCUAGUGAAUAUUAUUUAAAGUACUGUUUUGAUGGCUACCAGUUACAUCUUGUAAGGUGGCUAUACAGCAAUUGACUUUGCAGUGGUAGAAUAAUGUUUUUUUUAUGCAAAAAGGCAAGGCUACUUUUCAAGAUAUGAAAGAAGGCUGUUGCCUGUGUUCAGCUGAACCAAAACUGUCAUUGUGUCGACAGUUUUGGUUUGGCUGAAUUCAGGAUAAGAAGGCUGUGGAGAGGUAAAAACUCAUUUAGAGAAAAUUAAAACUAUUUCCUUCUGUGA